GUUCUGAAAUGGUCCAACAGUUCCACGUCCUCCGCUGUUUCUCCUGUGAAGUUUUCCAGGUUGAACAGGUGAAAAAAGUGAACAAAUGGAGCUGUAAACUGUGUGGACAGAAGCAGUCUGUGCUGAAGGAGUUUGGACGAGGCUCCGGGGCUGACUGCAGACGCCAUGUUCAGAAACUCAACGCCGCCAGAGGAGCCAAGAUGGAGGAUGAGGAGGUAGAGUGCAGAGCCAAGAUGGACGCCCAGGCUCUGUGGAAUGGCGAGACAGAGUUUGAUGAGGAUGAGCAGAUUUUGCACAAACCGAUCAAUGUGCUGCAGGUGAGCCGCUGGAACAAGUACCUCUCUGCUCCACAAGAAGAGGCGGAGCUUACACACGAAGAGGAGGAGCCAGAGGACGACGCACUGGUGUUGGACAGAGACGUGCUAUACUCCAGGACACAGAGGGCUAAAAGGAGAGCGUCAAACACUGGUCAGCAGAGGAAGAGGAGGAAAACCACUGGACAGGAAGAGUUUGGACCAGGCUGCUUCAGCGCGGCUCGUCCUAAAUCCGCCCCAGACUCUGUCCCGGACUCUGUCCCGGACUCUGUCCCGGACUCUGUCCUGAACGCCAUCACCGUCCCAGGCUCCGUCCCAGGCUCCGUCCCAGGCUCCGUCCCAGACUCCGUCCCAGGCGCCCCCACUCCUAGUGUCCCUCCACCCACAGCUGUGUCCAAGUGGAGCACCUUCCUGGAGACUCCCUCAGGCUCAGCGUCCAGUGUCUCUGUGUCCUCGAUAUUUCAGAGCGAGGAGGACGUGGACUUUGAUCUGGACAUUGAUCUGGACUCUGUCUAAGCUUGUCCCAGACGACACACUGUAUAAGUGGAAUGCUUUUGUUGACAGUGUCAGACACAAACUGACCUCCAGAGGAUUGAAGUGCAUAAGGUCAGAACGAUCCCCUUAAACAUGGAUCACAUCCUUAUAGUUCAAUUAUAUUUGUUUUAUUUCUGUUAUUUUUCAGAGUUUAGAUCUUGCAGUGUGUCCCAUAGAUUUUGUUCAGACUGUCGUGGCACAAAUGCUAUUUAUCAUUUAGUUUCAUUCUGUUUGUGGAGUUUCUCUUAUGGCCUGUAUUUCAUAUAUAAGUGUUUUUGAAUGAUGCAGUUACUUUUAUCUGAUUUGUGGGAGAUCUGAACUCAGUUUGGUCUGUUCUGUCGUUCUUUAACUCUAUUUUAUAUUAACUUGUUUAUUGUUGGC